CUUUUCAAGUCUUGCAGUUACUUUAAUCCCAUUCUCUAUUAUUAACCGGAAAAUUCUCGGCUCUCACUCCUCUAUUUUCUCUGUGUUUGUUUGUUUCUUUAUAUAUGUAUAUAUAUACUCAUAUGCACAUCCUCUUGUUUUUUAUAUGUUUCUCAUUAUUAUAGCAUCUCUGAGCGGACAAUAUACCCAGAAACCAGCACAGAUCAUACAACCACUAGAGAAGAUAAAGAGAGAGAUUGGGUUGAGAAAAAGGGUUUUAUUUUGAUUUUGAUUUGCUUUUUGUGGGAUUGUGUUUUGGGUUCUAAAAAAAUAUGGCUGUACAAGCACAGUUUCCUUUGUGUGGCUCACAGGAUUGGAUUGACAAUGGUUGUGGAGUUGGGCUUAAUCAGUUUUGUUAUUCUUAUCUUCAACAAGAACAACAGCAGCUGCAGCAGCAACAAUGUAAUAUCCAGAUGGUUCAGAAUCAACUGCAGAAGAAUCAAAAUCUUUGCUUUGAUAAUACUCUUCUUGGUUCUUCUGCUAUGAAAAUCACCAAUCUUCACCCUUCAAUGGCUUAUUCUCAAGGUAUCGUUGCCUAUGAAGAAAAUCAAAGACAAGAGCUUGAUCGUUAUAUCAGAUUACAGAAUGAGAGAUUGAGAUUGUUACUGCAAGAGCAAACAAAGCAACAGCUAGCUUCAUUGAUCAAGAAAAUAGAAUCAAAAGCACUGGUUUUAUUGACACAAAAGGAUGAAGAAAUAGCAAGAGCAACUAAAAGAACAGCAGAGCUUGAAGAUUUCAUGAAGAGAUUAGAAAUGGAGAACCAAGUAUGGCAAAGGGUAGCACAAGAAAACGAAGCCAUGGCUAUUUCUCUAGACAACACAAUAGAACAGCUGAGAGAAAAAGCUUCCUGUUGCUUUGCAAACGCAGCAGAGGAUGCAGAAUCGUGCUGUGAUGUGAACAGAACAGAGGAAGAAGAAGAAGAAGAAGCAGAGGAAACAGAGCAGAAAAAGAGAAGAAUUGUCGGUGGUAACGUUACAGAAGAAGAAAGAGCAAGAAAAAAGAGGAAGACGAUGAUGGUAUGCAAAGGCUGCAACUCUAGGAAUCUGUGUAUUUUGUUUCUUCCCUGCAGGCAUCUUUGUGCAUGCAAAGCUUGUGAGUCUUUUCUUGAUACUUGCCCUGUGUGUCAAACGCCCAAGAAGGCUAGCAUUGAGGCACUAAUAAGUUAGAUUUUCAAGAACCCAGAAAAAAUUUUCCGGGAAAGGUGAAAGGAAAAUACAAAAAAAAAAAGGAAAAAAUCAGAAACCCAAAUCAAUUUGCAUUGGCAAGUUGGUGAUUUUAUUUUAGGUUUGUUUUUUUUUUUGCUGCUCUUUUCUAGGGAUCCUUCUGUAAAAAGAAAGGCAUUAAAUUGUACUUGAUAACCAGCAAGAAAUCAAUCAAAACAUUGAAGAAGAAAAUUACAGGACAAGGAAAUUAAUAAUUA